CAUAAGCGCAAAACUUUUCUGCGCAUAACGGUUUGGAAAGACCGCUGGAUGGCGAGAGGCUACCAAGCGCACGUGUACUAUGUCUUCGGUGCGCCAUGUUUGCAAUCAGAAGACUUACAUCAUCAUGUUUUAGCAGGAGUUUGAGCCGUAAUUAUCACAGGCUGUGCAAGCCAUUGAAGUACGGCUCUCAUAUAAACAGAAACUCGUCGUUUCAUAAUGGUUUGGACUUUUUUCAAGUGGGAAUCGAGCGAUUUAUUGUAGGUGUAUUGGUUGGACCCAAAACGUUCACUACAUCAGCAGAGCAUUUUUCUGACGAGCUCUCUUGGAAAGAAAGAGUUCUUGAUUUUAAGGAUGGCCAUGUUGUUUUGUAUCCGAGAAGACACUCUAAAUCACAGAAUUCAAAUAGCCAGAGUUCAAGUGGCCAGUCCUCAGAAGGAGCCAGUGGAAAUGGGAAUGAUGAUGGAGAUGGUGGAGACAAGAAAGAUGAUGGGGCUGAGGUAGUGAUAGAGGACAAGGCAGGGGCUAAGGUGGACCCCUCUCUGGGGGCCCUUACCCAGGUGGUAGUACCUGAUGUGUUCCCUGAGGUGCCUUUAUUACCAGUUCAUAGAAAUCCAGUGUUUCCACGAUUUGUUAAGAUGAUAGAGAUAUCAGACAAGGAACUUAUGGAGUUAAUCAGAGUAAAGUCUCGAUUAGCUCAGCCAUAUGCAGGUGCUUUUUUAAAAAAAGAAGACAGCAAUGAGGCAGAAACUAUAUCCAGUCUGGAUGAUAUCUACCAAGUUGGUGCUUUUGUUCAGAUCACAGAGCUCUAUGACAUGGGAGAUAAAAUAAGAAUGGUUAUUCUAGGGCACAGAAGAAUAAGAAUCACUGGAACCCUUGAUUAUUCACCACACAGUGAGGACAUGACACCUGACCCUGAUCCCUCAGCAACUGAUGUACCCCUGGAACCACCCCUUCAGCAAGAGAAUGUUGUUAACAAGAAACCCAUACUCAUGGUCAAAGUAGAAAAUGUUCUACAUGAGCCAUUCAAACUUACUGAGGAAGUCAAGGCUCUGGCUGCUGAAGUGAUCAAGACAAUUCGAGAUAUUAUUUCACUGAAUCCUUUGUACAAAGAGUUCCUGGCUCAGCUCAUGGAAGGUGGCAAGAAAGUGGCAGACAACCCUGUUCAUUUAGCUGAUUUUGGUGCUGCACUGACCAGUGCUGAGACACAGCAGCUGCAAGAAGUUUAUGAAGAGACACGGGUCCCAGUGCGAUUACGUCUUACUCUUGAACUGCUGAAGAAAGAGCUUGCUGUCUGUAUGCUGCAACACAAACUGGGGAAGGAGGUGGAAGAAAAAGUCAACAAACAACAGAAGAAAUACUUACUCCAGGAACAACUAAAGAUCAUUAAGAGAGAGCUAGGUUUGGAGAAAGAAGACAAGGAUGCUGUUGGAGAAAAGUUCAGAGAAAGAAUCAAAGACCGAAAUGUACCCAAACAUGCCGAAGAAGUCAUUGAAGAAGAGCUGGCUAAAUUAGCCUAUCUUGAUACUCAUUCAUCAGAAUUUAAUGUAACACGGAAUUACCUAGAUUGGUUAACCAGCAUUCCUUGGGGGAUUCACAGCAAGGAGAACUUCAAUAUCACCCAAGCACGGGAAGUACUAGAUGAAGAUCACUACGGGCUACAGGACAUUAAAGACAGAAUAUUGGAGUUUAUUGCUGUAAGUCAGUUGAAUGCAUCUGUGCAGGGAAAAAUCCUCUGUUUCACAGGGCCACCAGGAGUGGGCAAAACAAGCAUUGCCAGGUCUAUUGCGAGGGCCCUCAAUAGACAGUACUUCAGAUUCAGUGUUGGGGGCAUGACCGAUGUAGCUGAGAUCAAAGGUCAUAGGCGAACCUACAUUGGUGCUAUGCCAGGAAAAAUUAUACAGUGUCUUAAAAAGACCAGAACAGAAAAUCCACUUAUACUUAUUGAUGAGGUGGAUAAGAUUGGGCGUGGUGUGCAAGGAGACCCUGCGUCCGCUUUAUUAGAACUCCUUGAUCCUGAACAGAAUUCUGGAUUCCUGGAUCAUUAUCUGGACGUACCUGUGGAUUUAUCUAAGGUGCUGUUCAUAUGCACAGCCAAUAUCACGGACACAAUUCCUGGUGCCUUGAAAGACAGAAUGGAAAUUAUAAACGUGUCGGGAUAUGUGGAAGAUGAGAAGAAAGCAAUCGCUAAGACGUAUCUCAUUCCCCAAGCAAGAAAGAGUGCUGGUAUUACAGAAGAGCAAGUUGCGAUACACGACCCUUCACUGUCUCUUCUCAUCAAAUCUUACUGCAGAGAGAGUGGCGUGAGAAAUCUACAGAAACAUAUAGAAAAGAUAUUCCGUAAAGCUGCUCUUAGGAUAGUGCAAGGAACAGAGGAGGGAGUAGAAGUAACAGCUAAUAAUCUGCACGAGUAUGUUGGCAAGCCUUUGUUUAACAGUGAUCGUAUAUACGACGAAACACCUCCAGGGGUGGUAAUGGGAUUGGCUUGGACUUCGUUGGGUGGUUCCACACUUUAUAUCGAAACCUCUCUUAAAGACUUGUUUUCCAAAGACGACGAUGACAAGGACCAUCCGUCACUUGAUCUAACAGGCCAGCUGGGAGAUGUGAUGAGGGAAAGUUCACAUAUUGCUUACACAUUUGCUAAGUUAUUUUUGUCAAAAGAAGAUCCAAAGAAUAACUUUUUCAAACGCGCUUCCAUUCAUCUUCAUGUUCCAGAGGGAGCCACUCCUAAAGAUGGUCCAUCUGCUGGCUGCACCAUCAUCACAGCGCUGCUGUCUUUGGCGACCGACAAACCCGUUAGGCAGAAUGUUGCCAUGACUGGUGAGGUGUCUCUUACUGGAAAGGUUUUGCCCGUUGGUGGAAUAAAAGAAAAGAUAAUUGCGGCUCGCCGUGCAGAUGUUAAUUGUGUCAUUUUGCCCGAGGGCAAUCGAAAAGACUUCGCUGAUUUACCGGAGUUUGUCAAAGAAGGACUUGAAGUACACUUCGUGUCUCAUUACAAUGAUGUAUAUCGCAUCGCCUUUGAUUCGUGACAUCGGCUUCGCGGCUGUCUCAGCAAGGAAAAGGUCCUCUCAACUUUUCAGGGCUACAAGUAAAGAGGAAUGCGAAUUGUACAUCGAGCCUUUCGAAUUUGGCAGGAAACCAUCCAAGUUCUGAAGGAGUUCUACACAUAGUUGUUAAAGAAAAUGUUUGCUCUUGCGCAAGCAUUUCAGAAAUUUGAGUUUUCGGAAGACACUUCAGCCAAUGCAGUCUAGAUGCCCGUCAACAAAUCUGGUGGGAGUGCUUUUCGCCUGUCGGAUCCUCCGCUCCCUAGAAUUAGACUUUGCUUUUUUUAAACGUACCAGUAUGUGGUGAAAUCGCCUUUUGUACGUACCUGUUUGUGGUGAAAUCUGAUGAACCUAGUGGCUCUCGAGGACUGUCAUAAACGGAGCUCGAAAGGCCAUGUCACGGAGUCACUGUUCGUAUUUCCCCAAUCUAAACCAUCCUUGUUUCGCUUUACUUUAUCAUUCCCCUUUUGUCGAUUUUCUAUUAUUUUGAGGUUUUUUUAUUGCAGUAUCAAGCCGUCUUUACUUUCAUAGCCAGCAAAACAAAAUAAUAAAACAAAAAUAAAAGAGGAAGAAAAAACCUAGAAUAAAUUUGUCAUGCUUGACUAUG